UCUAAGACAGGCAACCCAAAAUACACCCAACAACGGUUUUUAUCUCUCAUGAAAUCUUUGUGCCGCGCAAGCAUACUUUAAACCGUGUUAGGUAUUGAUAAAAAGCGUUAAUUAGAGAUAACGAUGGCUGCCAAAAAGUGAAGUGAUGUCAGUGCUUGUUAGCCGUAGAGGUGUCCUGAUUAAAACAUGGAAUCGACAGGAAACGAAACUCUGGACCGUAUCCAGCAGGAAAUCCAAGAGACCCUCAAACGCGAAGAAGAAUUACGCAAAAAAUACAACAUACUUAACAACAAUGACCCCGACGUGCAUGUAAACGGGUACCAAACUCCUAGUCCCGAACCGACACAGCCCCCACGCAUUCCGCUAACUAACGGUACGGCAGUCCCUAAACCUCCUGUGACAAACACAAGUAGCACCCGACGGUUUGCCCCAAAUACUUCCUCCAAGGGCGUGAUGCAGAAAUUCUUAAAAAUGCGUGGGAAGCUCAACAUGGUGAACAUGAGGCCGAAAACUGAGCCCCAAACGGCAUGGACGUCCGAUCAAGUCUUCGAAGAACCGGCGAGAGUUACCAUAGAGGCGGGGAAACCGAUCCGAAAUGGGUUUAUUCCAGCUGAGGAAAAAAUGAAAAGGGAGCUACAAGAGUUUCAAAAGAGGGAAGAGGAACUCAGGAGGGAGCGAAGGAAGUCGCAGCCUGAUUUAAUGGCAGCUUUGGAGAGGGAAGCAGUGGUAGAAACGAAUUUGAAGCCAGCGAGGUCCAUGUCUAUGAUGUAUAGCAGUGAAGAUUUGACUGAAGAAAAUAGCUUAGCUUCAACUAGUCUGAAGCCUGCUAGGUCUCUAGCUGAGUUGUGCGAUGCCUCAGAUGACGAACUGGAGACAAGGGGCACACAUUCCUUAAUUAUGCAGUUCGAAAAUUUAAGGAGUCAUUCUUGAAAUUACUUAUGUGAUAAAACCAUCCAUUAUUUAUUGUAUUAGAUGACAGGUUGCUAUAUUUAUUUUAUUAGUCACUUCAAUAGCUUUAGUACAAAUCUUGCCGUACUUAACUUACUAACAGCUUUCACAGGGUUGUGCCAAUUGAGUAUUUAUUUUUUAUUAUUUAUUAUCAGCCUAAAUUUUCCCGUGAGAAAGGUUGCUUGUGUCAUUAUAUAUUGUGUAACAAUUAAAUUAUUGCAAUUAAACGAUUUCUUACCA